GCGGGCAGCUGCACCGCACCGGCCCGCCUUCACUCCUCUGCCGCUCCGUUCCUCCGCUCUUAUCAUGAGCCUGCAGUAGCCGCGAGACAGACAACACAUGCAAACACAAAACAGCCUGGAAAAUCUCUAAAACAACAACAGCAAAGUGAACACGACAGCCGCACACGUGCUAAUGAGGGAGCUGGUUCCACGUUUAUGGAGAUGAACUUCAUUAAUGGAGCUGUUCGAGUCCGCGCGAACUCUCCCUCUCUGCGUUACCGUGUCAGGACAGCUGUUUUUAUUUCCAUCUCGUCGGCAUGAGAGUCGGAGAAGUGUGGCCUGACGCGAGAGGAGGGCUGCUGCAGAUUGAGCUGAGCUGAAAUCCAUUGUCUGCAUCCUCUACAGUCAGUGGAAAUGAAGACGGCAGACAAAUGGAUAGUUCAAGACAACCUCCCAAUAUAGAUCUGCUGCUUUGGAAUUACUUGAAGUAAUUUGCCCAUGGAUUCUUGCACCGCUCAUGGCUGACACGAGUUAGGAGGCAAAUGCAAUGCAGGUCCGGAGGCUCUGACUUUCAGAAGACUUUUGAACCCUGGAUGACUCGCGGACUUAAAGUUCAAGAAUAUCAAGGAUGCUCAUCACGGACCUGUUAUGGUGCAAGGCUGGAUUGACUGAAGAGUUUUAAUCCUUGUGUAGCUCCCCCAUCCCCCGCCCCCACCCCAUGUCAGAUCUUCUCUAAAUUAUGGAAAUUUUGUGGAAGACGCUGACUUGGAUAUUGAGCCUGGUCCUGGCCGCUGCUGAUCCUCAGAGCCUUUCAUACAGUUCUCAAGAGGAGUUCCUGUCCCACCUGGAGGACUACCAGCUCACGGUGCCCGUUCGGCUGAACGAGAAGGGCGAGUUUAUGAGUUACACUGUGAAACAGCACCGGCCUGGCCGACGGAGACGGGGGCUAGACCACGCUGGAACGGAGCCCGCUGAGACUACACUUUUUUACCGACUCUCAGCCUAUGGCAAACACUUUCACCUGAACCUGACACUCAACCCCAACCUGGUUUCAAAACAUUUCACUGUAGAGUACUGGGGCAAGGACGGGCAGGAGUGGCGGCACUCCAUGGUGGAUGAUUGCCAUUAUGUAGGAUAUCUAAUGGAUCACUACAGCACUACAGGAGUGGCACUGAGUAACUGCAGAGGCUUGCAUGGUGUCAUCACCACAGAAGAAGACCAGUAUUUAAUUGAGCCGUUAAAAGACAUAACCUCCAGAAACUCCAGCGAUUUCCAGCUCACGGGAGAAGGACAGCCGCAUGUUAUUUAUAAAAAGUCCUCCAUCCCUUCACCACAGCAACACAGUGAGGAGUUCAGCUGUGGUGUCUCAGAUCUCACAGUAAACCCUACACCAUGUUUGCAAACCAGUCUUGCCCCAGCGUCCCUGUCUCCUGUGCGAAAUAAUGGCAGCUCUAGCAAUGCACACCGGCAGCGGCGCUCCAUCAGCUCUGAACGCUUUGUUGAAACUUUGGUGGUGGCCGAUAAAAUGAUGGUGGGCUACCAUGGCCGCAAAGACAUUGAGCACUACAUCCUGUCUGUCAUGAAUAUUGUUGCCAAACUUUACCGUGAUGCCAGUCUAGGAAACGUUGUGAACAUUAUUGUAACCAGAUUGAUUGUUCUAACAGAGGACCAGCCUAACCUGGAGAUUAACCACCAUGCAGACAAAUCCCUGGAUAGCUUUUGCAAAUGGCAGAAAUCCCUCCUCUCUCAUCAGGGAGAUGGAAACAGCAUCCCAGAAAACGGUAUCGCUCACCAUGACAACGCUGUUCUCAUUACAAGAUAUGACAUCUGCACCUACAAAAACAAGCCCUGCGGUACACUCGGCUUGGCAUCUGUUGCUGGAAUGUGUGAACCAGAGAGGAGCUGCAGCAUUAAUGAAGACAUAGGCCUGGGCUCCGCUUUCACCAUCGCACAUGAGAUUGGACACAACUUCGGAAUGAACCAUGAUGGAAUCGGGAACACCUGCGGAACCAAAGGCCAUGAGACGGCCAAACUAAUGGCAGCGCACAUCACAGCCAAUACCAACCCCUUCUCCUGGUCCACAUGCAGCAAGGACUAUAUCACCAGCUUCCUGGACUCAGGUCGGGGAACAUGUCUGGACAAUGAGCCUCUGAAACGAGACUUCCUAUACCCUACAGUGGCUCCGGGGCAGGUGUACGAUGCGGACGAGCAGUGUCGUUUCCAGUACGGCGUCUCCUCCAGGCAGUGCAAAUAUGGGGAAGUGUGUAGAGAGCUCUGGUGCCUUAGCAAAAGUAACCGCUGUGUCACCAACAGUAUCCCAGCCGCAGAAGGUACCCUAUGCCAGACUGGCAGCAUUGAGAAAGGGUGGUGCUACCAGGGCGAGUGUGUGACAUUUGGGACAUGGCCGCAGAGCGUGGAUGGAGGUUGGGGUCCCUGGUCCAUCUGGGGCGAGUGUAGCCGGACCUGCGGAGGCGGAGUGUCUUCAUCCAUGCGCCACUGUGACAGCCCAGCGCCAUCUGGUGGAGGAAAGUACUGUCUUGGGGAAAGGAAACGCUACAGGUCGUGCAACACCGAUGCUUGUCCAAUGGGGUCACGAGACUUUCGGGAGAAGCAGUGCGCUGACUUUGACAGCAUGCCUUUCCGUGGGAAGUACUACAACUGGAAGCCUUACACUGGAGGUGGUGUGAAGCCCUGUGCUCUGAACUGCCUGGCUGAGGGAUACAACUUCUAUACAGAGCGCUCCCCUGCUGUCAUCGAUGGCACUCGCUGCCAGGCCGACUCUCUAGAUAUCUGCAUCAACGGAGAGUGUAAGCAUGUGGGCUGUGACAACAUCCUGGGCUCGGAUGCCAAGGAGGACAGAUGCCGUGUGUGUGGAGGAGAUGGCAGCACGUGUGAAGCUACUGAAGGCCUGUUCAAUGACUCGCUGCCCAGAGGAGGUUAUAUGGAGGUGGUCCAGAUCCCCAGAGGCUCAGUCCACAUUGAGAUCAAAGAGGUGGCCAUGUCAAAGAACUAUAUUGCUUUGAAAUCUGAGGGAGACGACUACUACAUCAAUGGCGCAUGGACCAUCGACUGGCCUCGCAAGUUUGACAUUGCAGGGACAGCCUUUCACUACAAGAGGCCUGCAGAUGAACCCGAGUCUCUUGAGGCACUAGGAGCCACCACAGAAAAUCUGGUUGUUAUGGUGCUGCUGCAAGAGCAGAACCAGGGCAUCCGCUACAAGUUCAAUGUACCUAUACAGCGCACUGGCAGUGGGGAUAAUGAAGUGGGCUUCUCUUGGCACCACCUGCCCUGGUCCGAGUGCUCCGCCACCUGUGCAGGAGGCUCUCAGAAACAGGAGGUGGUUUGCAAGAGGCUGGAUGACAACUCCGUGGUCCAGAACAGCUACUGUGACCCUGACAGUAAACCCCCAGAGAAUCAAAGACCCUGCAACACAGAACCUUGCCCACCUGAAUGGUUUAUCGGUGACUGGACGGAAUGCAGUAAAACAUGUGAUGGAGGCAUGCGCACACGCACAGUUCUCUGCAUUCGCAAAAUUGGGCCAGCAGAAGAGGAGAACCUGGAAGACAGCCACUGCUUGACCCAUCGACCAAUUGAACGCGAGUCCUGCAACAAUCAGUCCUGCCCACCACAGUGGGUGACCCUGGAUUGGUCAGAGUGUACCCCAAAAUGUGGCCCUGGCUUCAAACACCGCAUUGUUUUGUGUAAGAGCAGUGACCUGACCAAAACCUUUUCACCAGCCCUCUGUUCAGACCAUAACAAACCACCGGUGCGAAUCCGCUGCAGUUUGGGUCGCUGUCCACCACCUCGCUGGAUCCCUGGGGAGUGGGGACAGUGUUCUGCACAGUGUGGGCUGGGACAACAGAUGCGGACAGUGCAGUGUCUGUCAUACACGGGGCAGCCUUCCAACGAAUGUCCUGAGACUCUGCGCCCCAGCACUAUGCAGCAGUGUGAGAGCAAGUGUGACGCUACCCCUAUUUCCAAUGGUGACGAGUGCAAAGAUGUAAACAAGGUGGCAUAUUGCCCACUGGUGCUGAAGUUCAAGUUCUGCAGCCGUGCCUACUUCAGACAGAUGUGCUGCAAGACUUGCCAAGGACACUGAUCCUACGGAGAGAGAGCAAGAGAGAGAGAGAGAGAGAGAGAGAGAGAGAGAGAGAGAGAGAGAGAGAAGACGAGAGAGACGCAGAGGAAAGGGAAGCGUGCAUGAACGGAUACAAAGAAAAGCAGUCAUGGACUGGAAGAACAGCACUGGGAAAAAGAAAAAGCUGCCCCCCUCCCCCCUCUCUCUCUCCCUCUCACUGAGACACACAUACCUACACUCCUGCUUUUUUAGACCUGUGGAACCCAUACCACUGGUCAGCAACAUGCUGACACAUUUUGCUUUAUUUUCACUUCUGUGAAGUUGGAACUUAAGAAUAUGAUCAUUAUUGUUGUUAUUUUAUUAUAAUAAUAAUUAUUAUUGUUGUUGUUAUUAUUAUUAUUAUUGUUAUUAAUGUCUGUCUGUUGUAAUCCAAAGUGCUGGACACAUAAUUUGCAGAGGUGGCACCUCUGAGAAUAGGUUCAUAAUAUCCAAAAAACAGAAAGCUGGAGAAGGGGGUUUUCUGUCUCACAAACAUAUACAAGCAUGCAUGGUUGUUCUCCACUGCAGUAGUGUGCAACUAUCUGUCCACAUGAUUCUACUGUAUGUAGCAAUGCAAAUUAAUAAUUAAUUUACCUCCUAGGCUUUAGGCUGUGCUGAUACCAGGGGUGGACAAAAUGCCAGAAACACCUAAUAAUAUUUAAGUACAUAUAAAAAGAGUAAGAUCACUCUUUGCAUUCAGUCUUUAAAUGUUGUCAUACAUAUCCCAAAAUGUGUAGAGAUAUUAAGGUCCCCCAGUUUGAUUCACAGUACUCACGAUUCAAUGUUUUGAUCAAAAUAUGAACGAAGAAAAAACAUUACUUUAUCUAGUUCUUCUAAUAAAGCUAGAGUAGUCACCCUGGGUGCUAGAACUGUGGCGUUUGACAUGAAGAUGCUGGAGUGGGUUGUUGAUUAAUGCUGGUCAUUAGCAACCUUUGCUGUUUAAACAGCACAAUCAUAUUAGAUAUCACUUUUAAUUGACUGCCUGUUCUCCAUGAUGCAUUGUGUGCAUCUCCACAGUACACCCAGUCACAUCUUUGCAUUGCGAUAUCAUAAUGUGUUAAUAUGCCCCUAGAGCUAUAGGCUCCUUCUGUAGGAAGAAAAGUCUUCAAAUCCUUUGGGAUAAGGAGUCUACUGAGAAGUCUACUUGGCACUCAGCUCACUGAGAAGGCCAUUUGACUAAAUCGUUAUGUUAAUGAAACACUGCCCCCCCCCCCCCCCCCCCCCCAUUUAUGGGAGCACCAUAAGUUGCACCUGGUCCUGUAAAAUGUACUCAUAUUCCUUUUCCAUUAUACAACUGUGCAGAGCAAUCAGCAGCCCUAAUGACUCCUACAAAGCUGCUCAUAGCAUUACAAAUCCUCCACCAUCUUUAAGAGCUGGACACAGACAUUGUGGGUUGAAGGCAUCCUCCAACUUUCUCCAAAUGUAAACACGUCCAGAUGUAGGACAAAGAAUGAAAGAUGACACUUCAGACUAUAUUCUUCUAUUUAAGCAUGGCUCCAAGUUUUGUUCUCCUUGCAGCAGUUUUUGUGUCUCUGCGUUUGGCCUCUUUUGAACUGUUAGUUGCUUCGUGUUGCUUUGAAAACUCGCAUAUCCAAUGUUGAUUGUCAGACCUCUUUUAUAGCCAACACAUUCAACAAAUUGGCGUUCAGCUUAAUACAAUUCACAUGUGCCUUUACAACUUUGGUUUAAUUAUUUCCAAGUUCGAGUACUAUUUUCAUGUGUUUCUGUCACUCUGUCCACCUCCAGUAGUAUAGCCCAUCAUUUUAUCACUACAAGGGAGACCCCAGCAAAUUUAUCCCAACAAACAUGCAAAUUGCCUGAUAGUUACCUCUCUAUGGGUCCAGUCAAUCACUUCUGGGUGGUUUCUAUUAUUAUAAUUCAGAAAACUAAUGGAUUGGUUACAUAAACUUUAGCCACAAAUCACAUAACUGGUAAAAACGAUUUAGAUGCUAGGCUGCUUGGAGAAGAUGGGUGCUUUUGGUGCUCGUUUGGAAGUUACGUCUUGUGCAGGGGAAAUCAGUUUGAGCUGGAGACUCCAGAUGUUCCAGCAGUGCGAGCCACCUGUUUUGCUUAGCCGUAUCACAUGACUGCAGGCCAAAGAAUUCCACCAUUGUUUGUGACACUUGAACAAGGCCUGAAAAUCACAUUAGACAGCAAAGUAGAGUCUGCGAGGCCAGCCGCGGCUUCCAACUUAACUCACACAAAAAAUAUCCAUUUGUGGUUUAUUUGAGCUGUUCUUUUUGAGAAUGUUAAGCUGUUAUACAUAUUAAUGAUAUUCACUGUUCUCCCAUUGUACUGUGCAAAACCUCGUUUGAAUGCCCUGGCCCGGAUCCUGCACUUUUGUGUGCUACAAUGAGUUCUGUAAACCCAUUCGAAUCGGGAAACAUGCGGAAGCAAUAGCGCUGACCCCCACGCACCCCCCAGAGGACUGGGUCAGUAUGUGAACGGCUCCGUCGUGGAGCUCGAGUGCUACGUCUUCCGUUGUCCACGUCUGGAGUUAAGCGAAGGGCCAGCGGCUGGACGAGACGCCAGAGCACGCACACAUCCGGUCUGCCACUGACUACCUCCAGAGCCGUCCCCCCCCACCCGACCCCAACCCACCCGCUCUGUAAACACUCCGCACAGCCCUCCAAGCUCAAUGGUGCUUUUCUUCCUCCAGUGGAGGACUGUUCCACUGCCCUCCUUCUGCUCACCUUCUGGAGUGGGAGGUUCCUUUCUGGUGGGCUCUCACGCUAGCACAUGCUAGCAUACACAACAGGAAAUAAAAGAAAGCUCUUGUUUUCUUCUUCUUUUUUUGUUUUUUAACAGUCAAUGGGGUUAAGUGGUUUACCUCACACUAUGUCGGGCUGGUUAUGCAGCUUCCAUAAGCACCCAGCCAGCUCUCUGUACUCAGCAGCGUUCCGUCAACCGCACCCAAGUCUAAGCAAAGGGAACGUCACACCUGGAAGGUUUCAGCUGCGUGAACACGAGACCUCAUACAACACAAGAGACGCAGACUUAGAUUGUGAAGAAGCUCAGAGGAGUAAUGGGAUAAUCGCUCCAGACCACAGCUGUCUCAACCCAUUUCUGAUCAAACCGUGCUACUUUUUGCUGCUGCUACUACGGUGUAGCCACCAAUACAAUGUUAAUCAGUUAUUUUUUAUUAUAAACUCUGUGAACUGGGACUUAGACGGCAGCGAACUCUUAAGCAGCCGAACCUUGAGGCCCCGACACGCCGGGCAUCAAAAUCCUGAGGCUUGAAGUACAAGUUUACUGGCUUUGGGACAAGGAGGCUACAGAAGAUUCUCAAACAGGACAAAACGAAACUGGUACUCAUCGCUGUGAACUUGUCUUUGAAUGUCACAUUGCUUAACCUGUACCUAUAGAAGUGAGCGUUUUUGCAUUUUUGGCGAUUAGUUUCUUAUAUUUUAUAUUCAGUAUUAAUGUUGGUACACUGUUACUAAUUUUUUUUUCAAUUGUAAAUUAUAUGCUAAUUUAUUUCCGUGUGUCACUUGUCGUACAAAUGUUUCAAGGCAUGCAAACCGAAAUGUAGCCUAGUGGAAAGAAAGAACCACGCAGUCAAAUUAUUCCCAUCUGCAGUUUGUUUAAGUGUAGAGAAGAACAUGAAUGGGUCUUAAUGUGCUACCAGAGCAUCCUUUCCAAAUGUGUCCAAAUACUUUUGUAUCCUCCAGACUGUAUGAAUGUGUGUGCUGGUAUGGUAUUACGUCUUGUCCAAGAUGGCCAGUCCAGAGAAAAAAUAUUGGUUAAUGUUUUCAGAUGGUAAGGAAAAAAAAAACUCCCACAGUAACCUUAACAGUCUCAGUCCUUUGGCUUGUACACUAUUAUUGGUGAAUCCUACAGUAUGUAAUGGAUCCUGAAUAAAGAGAAUUUAAAGGGUCAGUG